AUGUCGGACGAAGAAGUCUGGGAGCCCUUGACCAUGGUGGACUACAUCAUGCUGGGGUUUGUGGGGACCGUCCAAGCCUUUGCCCUGGGCGUUUGCGUCCACCUGUUGUGCUGGCGGAAUUGGCCGCCGUACGUGACCAAGAACGUCGACAUCGUCAUCAUCAUGACGUUCGGUGGCUUCGGAUGGACAAUUGCGGGCGCUCUAGAUAAUGGUCUAAUCCGGAGGAGCGAGGGCGACAUUCUUGCCAAGUGCUACCUCGAGAUCAUGUUGCUCUCGAGCAUCAGCCUGACUCCGGCGCUAGUGGCCCUGCUUGUUCCGGGUGCCUACGUGUUCGACGAGACUGUUAACUUGUGCACCACUACGAACACGUCGAGGACCGUGACUUUGGCGAUGAACGCUGUGGGGUUCUACACCAUAUGCUAUAUUUGGUUUGUGUGCACUCGUCAGCUGAAGUGGGUCCGGAAGCAGUUCAACGAGUACGAGACGAUGAAGUGGACCCUGUCAUGCCUGACUUUGCUCCUGUUCAGCUAUGCGGUCGUGGUGGUCGUUGUCCUGGACGGCCAACAUGUUUACGUCAGAAGAGUGGCCAUCGUGUACCCUGCGCUAACGACGCACACGGUGUUGUGGGGCUCCAUCGGUAGGCCUGUGUUGAAGAAGUGGACGAGAGACGACGAGUACCUGUGGUCGUUCACCAAGGGCUUCUCGGAGAUGCCUUCGCCGGCGCAGCUCAAGGCUAGCCUCGCAGAGCAGCUGUCGGUAGAGCAACUCCGGACCGAGUUUCGGAGAUAUAUCGAGACUAGGGUGGCCCAAGAGCUGGUGAACUUCUACCUCGACUCGCUAGACAGGGAGGAGAUCAAGGAAUACUUCGCCAGACAGGCCGUAACGAUGCGCAUCGUGGCGCAGUAUAUCAAAGAAGGGGCCCCUGAAGAGGUAAACAUUUCGGGGGAGUGCCGGGAGGAGAUUUUGUCGACGGACGUGACGGCGUACGACAUCUUCGACCGCGCUAGAGUUGAGGUUCUGACCGUCAUGGAGACCAACUUCCAGAGGGAGUUCGUAGAAACAGAGGGGUUCCGCCGAAUCGCCGAUGCUUCCGAGCUAGAGCAGCGAGAGAACCGUCUCCUGCGGGCCGGGGGCUUCUUGCCGCCGGACACCCCGCCUUCGCCCAGUGUGUGA